CAGUGCGUGCGUUCACUUCGGCCAGUCCAGGACCAGGUGUUCAUCACUCAGCGUUGAAGCAGCAGCAAUGUUGAUCUUCAAAUGUGCGUGUGCCGGUGUGGGAAGCAGGAACCCAAGGACGCCUGGCGUAAACCGUGACUUCGAAAGCAACCACCAUCAUGGCGAGCCGAGUGCGAGCAAUGACUUUGUUGCCCGGCACGAGAGCACAGCAGGUGUUUUCCUUGGCAGUGUUGCUAGUAGUACUCGUGGAGGCCGUCGUGAGGGCGAGUGAGAUUCCGACUCUAUCGGAGGAGUGGGCCGAGAAAGGACAUUCGGACAUUUUGAAGUCUUUGACGGCGAACUAUGGUGAAAGAAUUCGUGAGCACAGAGCAUCGUCACCCGAAUGCAGUGUCAAUGCUAGUUACACUGGCCAGUGUAACCUGGACUGUCAGUGUGUGGAUGGCAAGUGGAAAUGCUGUCGGCUGAGGAAGAGUGUGAAGAACUUAUCUCAGGAGGAGAAGGACAGAUUCAACAGAGCUUUCGUUACCGCAGCCACGGAUGAGCGCUAUAAGCCUGCAAUGCGAUCAGUCAUCUGGUCACACGCCGUAUUUGCCUGCUUCAUCAUGAGCAGGCAAGACUACAUCUAUGACACUGAGGUUUCUUACCACAAUCUCCUUCUCCUAGCGCUGGAGAAUCUUCUACGCUUGAUUGACUGCCGCGUCACACUACCCUACUGGGAUCCAUCUAUUGAGCAUCACAAGACCUUCAUGGAACAGCUUCCAGAAGGCUUUGGUGGCAAUGGGGUGCCUCCUGACCUCUGUAUGCAGGAUGGCCCAUACAGAGAAGGUGCCUUCAAAGUGCCAAAAUUCAUUUACAAGGGAGUAGAGCUGCCCUACUCCAACUGCAUCCAGCGAAGUAUCAACACCACUCGAUACGCAUACCCCUAUCAAUUGUUUAAUAUCCUGCUUACCAUCAAGCCAAGCAGUGCAGUUCUGUUCGAAGCUGGAUUGUUUGAACUGUUCGAUGCGAACUUCCACACGGCGUUCACAGGGUCUUUCUCUGGCCUGUUUCCUGCGCUGGAUCCACUGUUCUUCAUGAUACACAACUUCGUCAACAAGAUAAUUGCCAACUAUCAGAUGCAGGGCCCCAGCCAUCUCACUGGCGGAGGCAGAUGGACCAAUCGUCAGGCCAUUGCAACUUUCCCAUGGUUUGAAAGCAAGGAUUUUGUGGACUGCCAGAACUUUCCCAAUGACGUUUGUGUGCGUUGGGAUGCCGCACUGGAUCGCAAUGAGGCCAUCAAGAUGAAGUACUAUGCGGGCCUGGAGGUACCACGCCAAGACCACAUGUUUGUACCAUACGAGGUCCUCCGGGAGGAAUCUAUUGAUAGUUCAGAGCACCUUCUUCUCAUGUUGAAAUGGUUUCGAAGGAAGUACUCGACAUUCAAAUUUGACGAGCACGGCCUCAGUGCUGCACCGGGCUGGGAGAAGCAUUUUGGGCGGUAUGGUUUUUUCAAUCAGAGAAACGCGACCGCACCAGAAUGUAAACUGUAUGAACGAAUCGAUGCCAGCUUUGUGCAUACAAACAGCUCAUUUGCGCUUGCUGAGUUAAUUUAGGAGCUGCACAUGAUGAUACAUAAUAUGUAAAAUAUAAUUUGGGUUCUUGGAGCUUUCUCUUGCUUUGUUGCUGUGACUGCUCUUAUGGCGUUUUAUGACUUCCUUACACACUGACUUACUUACAUGUAGACGUUUUACUAGGUUUGCACUGCAUGAUUUCUCCCCGGGGAGUGCUGACCACUCGCUUGACCUUCCACAACACUUUUUUCAAGCAUGUUCAUCAGUACCAUUGUACGGAAACUGUGACGCAAACAAUCCCACCAGCACUUUCCAGUACAGUGAUUGUACCUCUGUAGUAAGUAUAUGCACCAAGAAAUCAUACUCUAUUGCUUGAAGUAUUAUUUUGUACACGAAAGAGAUUGGAAGGUUGCUUGCAGUAUUACAAAUAGGGGUGAAACGGUUACCCUGGUUAUCGGGUACCCUUUGGCAGCACUGUUGUUCUUGGUCUGCCUUCCUUCCCCGCAAGGCACCAGAAGCAGCAAAAUCGAGAGCGACCUGUGGCGGCGCCCUGAUGGCAUUCGGAGCACAUGCCCCAGGGAGAUCCAUCGCCUGGCUAUCUCCUUGGAGAUGGGGGUUGGGUGUGGCAGCGGUUGUAGAGUUACCCUAUUUAAUAAUAAUUUAAAAAAUCCAUGGAAUCUGCUUGUUUAGUGUUCGCACACUCUUGGCUGCCACUUUUGUAUUUUUCGUGCUGCUGUGCUGUCCGCGGCUGCACUAGCCGUAUUAACUGCUGUACCUGUAUGCACACAUACAAUCUCUGGCUACGCUUUGGAACUGUUGUCGCUGCCUAUGUCCUCAUCUCUCUUCGCUUUUGAUAUGUUUGCUUGCUUGUAUUGCUGAGGGAACAUAAUAAUUAUGCUGUUUUUUA